AUGGCGGAAGUCGUAGGCCUCGUAGCCAGCGGCAUCAGCAUCGGCAGCCUGACGGUACAUAUCGCAACGAGCAUUUCGAAGCUUAAAUCAUUCUGGGACAAUGUUCAAGAAGCGCCAGAAGAUAUCACUUCUCUCAUAGAAGAAAUAUCACUCUUGCACGAGCUUCUAGCUGAUAUCGAAGACGAUCAGCGUCGCAAUCCGAUUUCCAGUCUCAUUUUGGACGGUACGGCAUCAUCAAGAUGUCUCGAACAUUGCAAGCGUGCAGCCGACCGCUUGGGUGAGUUGGUGGAUGAAAUCUCGAUGGAUAUACAGUCAUCGAGUAGAACGAAGCGAAAAUGGGUUGCGGCGAAGGUUGUCUUGAAGCGAGAUAGGCUAGAGAAGUAUAGAGCAAAGAUGGAGCGUACCAUCCGACUUAUGACGCUAGCCCACCAGUGUUAUACGAAAGCACUCGUGCAAUUGCAGCCUGAUAUAAUUGUCUACAAACUAAAACAGCUCUCUAACGUACCGGCAAACAAUGGCUCACAGCUCCAGGAGAUGGGAACUGAACCGGCUGAAAUCCCUGCCGUAUCUUCUUCGUCUUAUUAUUUUUGGAUGCCGAUGCUGUCAGUCGAAUACGAGGUAGCCAAGAUCGACCAGAUAUCAACACCUGGACGGAUUUAUAAUAAAGGCGACCAAGGACGGCAAAGUCGACACAGAAUUAGAACUCGACUGCGCGGGCCUAUAUUAAUAUUGAAUCGAUUGUGGGAUAUAACUGGGCAUAGUGCUGAGAAUGGAUGGCAAAUCAAUAUUCGAACUUACAAUAUUAUCCCGGACAAGUCUCUUGCGUUUCAGUAUAUCUUUCGAGAAAACAUUGAAGGCCUACGAGGUUUAUUCGAAAAAAGAGAGGCAUCUCCUUUUGAUGCAGAUGCAUCCGGGGCAACUUUGUUAUGCCACGCAGCUUACUAUGGAACUCACCAGAUUUGCAAAUUUCUGAUUGAGCAAGGGGCUAGGGUGGAACCUGGACUUAGUAACUAUCCUAUACUAGGAAGAGUCAGGCAAAGCUUUAGAUCUCAAGACCAAGUAAAAACCAUGCGACUACUGCUCGAGCAUGGUUCUAAUUCUCCAGAACCAAAUAUCCUGGUAUACUACUUUGGAAACUUGGAAGGUUUUCAAUUUCUCACUGAAAAUCUGGAAGUUGAAUAUAAAGAGGUGCCUGCCAAUCAACGUGCAUGUAUUGCAAUCGAAAAAACUUAUCACGGAGCCUUAUAUACAAAUUUAAAGUUUUUCCGUAUAGCAUUAGGUUGUGAUUCACUAAACGCAUCAAUGCUCAAUACCAAGAGCAUACAUGGCGAUACAAUUCUCCACGCUGUUUGUUUUGCGAUUGGGAAACUUUUGUCGUUUGAAUAUUCUUCAAUCAGACUCAAUUAUUGUGAUGAGGCUGUAUGUUUUAGCUUUCCACGGAAAGAAAACUUGCCAGAAGAACUCCAAGGUUGGCGAGAUUUAUUGAAAGAAGUGGUCAAUUUGGGGGCGGAUUUACAUCCUGUAGCUUUCCUCCCCAAGCGAUCACCGUUUCUUUCAUUAAUCGCAGGACUGUUAGAGAAUAAUUGUAGAUACGGCGAGCGACUUAUUCAAGUGGCCACACAAAUGUGGCUGGUCGACUUGAAUGGCUCUGGUGUGAAUUUAUUGGAGUAUGGUAUGACCGAAAUGAAACUCUUGGAAGACGGUGUUCUCAACCGUGAUCUAGAGUGUGAAGAACUGGGUGACCGAUUCACAAGACUAAGGCGGUACCUACCUUGGCGCUUUAUAGGUUUCACUUAUGGAGCGAAUCCAGAGGAUUGGUUUGUAUGGGGCUCUGAAAUUUGUGAUGGUCUAGCAGGAGAAUUCUGGAAAAUGGUCGAGAAAGCUGAACGAAAACUAGAACGCAAAGCAGAACGUGAAGGUGAGAGUCAACUGCCAGGUGCUUGGGUUGAGAGCAGUGAAGAAGACGAUUCGGAAUGGGACUAUUGA